AUGGCCAAGAAGAAGAAGACUCAGGUGAAGCCUGUCCUCCGGGGUUUUGCGACGACCUCCGUCCCCAAGAAGGUCGAGAAACCCGUCGAACUAGAGGAUGUUACGGACAGUCCGUCUGCCCCAGACAUACUUCCAGAACAACCGGAAAUGGUGGAUCUUGUCGAGAAAGGAGGACCAGAGGAGGAGCCAAAUGACGAGUUCGAUCCAGACAAGGUGGAAGAACAGUCGCUUCAGAAUCUUGUUGAUAGACUUCAAGAAAAAACAGAAAGAGAUAUAGUCAGAAAUGUGAAGGCCAUAGAACAGGAUAGACGUUAUUCCAAAACUCUUCCUUGGUUAGAGUUGAAUCCCGUCCUCGUUGAACGUAUUCUUGGUCUCGCUCUGGAUUCCAGAUCUUCCGAAGGGAGACGACAAAUCGACGAACCAGAAGACAAACUGGUUGCCAAACUUGCUAUCACUUACGGUGUUCUCCGUCGUCUCGGUUUUUCUGAGGAGAGGGUUAUCGAGUGUCUUGAAGCCAUACCAGGGUUCGAGCUAGAAGAAGCUUACGACUGGCUGUAUUUGCAUUGCUCUGAGGAUGAGCUAGGCGAGCAACGUUCUGACGAUUUCGUGGAACCUCGUGGCCUCCAGACUCCAAAGAAGAGCAAAUCCCGAACUCCACGCACACCCCGAACACCUGCGGAAUUUCAAGCAACCCCCUCUACUAUCAAGCCAGCCACCAAGUCUUCCAACCUCGAUGUGAAUGCGCCCAUAUUUGUUCCGUCCUGCGGCCCAUGCGCCUCUAUAGGCUGCGGGGACCAGGACAAUCUUACAGCUCAUCAAGCUUCCUUUGUAGACGGAAACGAUGGUACAUAUUUCGACGACGCCAACGCGGAAUAUAUCCGCCUGAAGUUGCGACUGGACACUUUGAAUCCUCAUAGUCAGGAUGCCGUCGAAAUAAAUAAGAUCAAGCGUCGCUUGAAUGCUUUGAAGAGCGAUUAUUUCUUCGACGAAAAGUCUGCUGUCGUUGAAUAUGACAUCGAGCGAGACAAGGUCGCCGUGAGCACUCUUGAUGCACGUCUCCGCGGCGAAAUCUCGCUACCCAUUCAAGCUGAGAAGAAACUCCCUCCACGUCUCCAGACGUCUGUUGCUGUUGCGUCCGAUAUAUUUGACGAAGAUGUUGGAGAUGCGGAUGUGGGUAUACUUGACCUUCUUGAAGACAUUCCGGCGACGGAGACGACCACCAAAGGAAGUACUGUCACUGUUAGAGCUAUGCCUCUGCCUAAACAUUGGUCGGGCCGUACUCCGAAAUCGUUGCUAUCAGAUACUGUUGCAAAAGUAGACCGAUAUGCAGUCAUUACGUUCAGCAUCAUAUCUGGCGCCGGUCGCGCUAAGAGGGCAGCGGUCAACAUUCGAUGGCAGGGCAGAAAAACUGACGAGUGGUCAAUGGAGUCUGUUGCCUGUCACGAUGAAGGCCAAGCGGAGCAAUAUGUCUCCACCCUGGCUCUCCAUGCCAUCACCUUCCCCCCUGCCGAUGGCUUUGCCUCAGGAACUGCGGCUGUUGUUGGUGGCCAAACAUUCUUUCGUUUGUUACCUGCGGUAUUCAGAGAUCUUUGGGAUGAACUGGAGACGGCCAGAAAAUCUGAGGAAGAUUCCAUCAAUCGGAGUGUUUGGAGCAGAUUAAGAACCAUAGCUGAACCAAAAUUGCAAACGUCUAGCAAGAUCGCCGGCAAGAUGGUCAGAUCUGCUGCUCAGCGAAAUAAACUUCCUAUCGCUGGAUAUCGAGAGGAUAUUAUCGCAGCUCUGGAUCGAUCUCAGGUCCUGGUUCUCAGUGGUGAGACUGGAUGGGAACUAGGAGAUUUGCCCGGUGCUGUGGGAACCCUGAAUUCUCUUGUGGGAUACUCUAUCCGUUUGGAAAGUAACACCACUAGAAACACCCGCCUAGCGUUUGUUACCAACGGAAUUGCUCUGCGAAUGCUUGAAGGCGGCACCGGGCAAGGCGGACAAGGCACAGCUUUUGACGAGUUAACGGUUCAUGAACGUACAAUCGAAUCUGACUUUUUGCUCAUUGUCCUUAAGUCAUUGCUGCAACAGCGAUCCAAUCUCCGAGUUAUAUUGAUGUCUGCCACUGUCGACUCUGUGAAAAUAUCGGAAUUCUUUGGAGGAUGCCCAACAAUUCAUGUUCCAGGCCGUACAUUUCCUGUUGAGGUGAACUAUCUUGAAGAUGCUCUUGAGUUCACCAAAUGGUCGAUAUCUGAGAAUUCCCCGUACGCACGACGAUUACACGAUACUUUUUAUCGUGGUAAGAAUCGUAUUGACUGGUCGGAAGAUUUGGUUCGGGACAACGAAGAAGAUUCUGAUACCGUUCAUGAAAACGUCAACCUUGGCAAGAAGUACUCCCCAAGCACUGUCCACACUAUCAACCUUUUAGACGAGCGGCUAAUUCCUUAUGAUCUUAUACUUUGCCUUCUGGAGCGGAUCUGUUUGCAAGAGGCUGGUUACAUGUCUUAUUCAUCUGCCAUUUUGAUUUUCAUGCCCGGGAUUGGAGAGAUCCGUCGCCUCAAUGACUUAUUGACGGAGCAUCCUUACUUCGGAAGUGAUGACUUCAGGAUUUAUCCAUUGCAUUCCAUGCUUUCCAGUGAAAACCAGAGCGCGGUCUUUGAUACUCCUUCAUCGGGCGUCCGGAAGAUCGUCAUUGCCACUAACAUCGCAGAAACCGGUAUCACGAUCCCCGAUGUAACAUUCGAUGAAAAACGUCAGAUUAGUAGGCUUGUGGAUACCUUUAUCGCCAGGAGCAAUGCAUCGCAAAGGCGUGGUAGGGCAGGCCGUGUACAAAGCGGACUGUGUUUCCAUCUCUUCACUAAAAUGGUCGACCACCCUCUCCCAGAGAUGAUGAGACUAAGUUUAUCAGACUUGGCACUUCGGAUAAAGAUCAUGAAGGUGAAUCUUGGGACCUCGAUCGAAGACGUUCUCUCUCGAGCAUUGGAUCCCCCCGUGUCUAUAAACGUGCAGCGUGCCAUCUCGAUGCUCGUAGAGGUGCGCGCGCUGACGACCUCGGAGGAAAUCACGCCCAUGGGCCGACUGUUGAGCAAGCUGCCGACAGAUGUGCACCUUGGGAAGUUCCUACUAUUAGCGGCUCUUCUGCGCUGCCUAGAUCCCGCCCUCACUAUUGCGGCGACUCUGAACUCCAAGUCACCUUUUAUUACGCCAAUGGGACUUGAACAAGAGGCCGAUCGUGCGAAAGCUACUUUUAGAGUUGAAAAUUCUGAUUUCCUGACCAUACAUAAUGCAUUCUCAAGUUGGCGGAGAACUUGUGGGAACCCAGGAGCUGCGAGAAAAUUCUGUCGCGUCAAUUUUUUGAGCCACCAAAACUUACAGCAGAUCGAGGAACUUCGUCAGCAGUUUCUAGGGUAUCUCAUCGACUCUUCGUUCAUCCAAGUCGACAGGAACCUCGUCCGAGAACUCAGCCGGGCGCGUUGUGGUCGAAAUCGAACGCGUUUCAUCAUGGUUCCACCUGAGCUUGACAGCAACUCCAAUAACACAGCACUUUUCAACGCUGCUCUGGUCGCUGGCCUCUAUCCAAAAAUACUGGCAGUGGAUCCUACUACGAACCACAUGCGGACGAUAUCAAACAACCAGCUAGCCGCUUUCCAUCCCUCUUCUGUCAAUUUCGGUCGAAAGCCUGGUGACUUAGGAGCUAAUCAUCUUGCUUACUUUACUCUAAUGCAUUCAAAGAAACUGUAUGCAUGGGAGACCACACCUGUUGACGACCUGGCUAUUCUGUUGUUGUGCGGGGAGUCCGAAGCAAAGCUUAUAUCGGAUUCGCUCUUCAUUGAUCGAAAAAUCAAGUUCCGCGUCCCACCCAAGACAAACAUUGCCUUAAAGCAUUUGCGAACACAGUUGGCUGCUGUCUUAGCACAACAGUUCCGAGGCAAGGUACUCAAUGAAAGCCAGAUUCUUUGGAACGACAUGGCCCUGUCGGUGCUGGGGAAAGUCAAAGUAGAAGACGAGAAUGAAGUGUCUAUUUCAAUAGCCAUGUAA